UUUUCCUUUAUCUCACUCUUCCUCCAAGAAACAAAACCAGUUUUAUAUAUAUAACUAGAAAAACCAACUGUCAAAAAAAAAAACUAGAAAAACCAAUCUUCAAAAUCCAUAACCAUUUUCUCUUAUAUUCCUUUGUUUUUUGUGUACUUUGUAAAAUUUCGUUGUGUUUUUUUUUUCCCGAUCAAUGGGGAAAUACAUCAAGAAAGCUAAACCUAAAUCUGAAUUAGCUUUGGUUGAUUCCACCACCAAAAUCACCACUACCGCCACCACAACAACCACCACUUACUUUGGUGUUCGAACUCGUGCAAAAAUCCUAGCUCUUCAAAAAUCAAAUACACAGAAUCAUGACAUUCCUCUUUCUGCUGAUUCUUAUCUCCAGCUUCGAAGUCGUCGACUUAAGAAAACCCGAAUUGCUCAACAUUCCAAUAAGAAGAAAAAUAAGUCCCAAAUUCAAAACCCUAAAUCACCAAAUGGUAAUUGUGGUAGUGAGGAGAAACAUGUUCAGCAGAGUCCUAAUAUUGAAGAUGUUUCCUUUGGGGAAAAUGUUUUGGAUUUUGAAGGUAGAGAGAGCAGAAACACUAGGGAAACAACACUUGCUCAUUUGAUAAGGGUCCUAGACAUUGUCAGGACUCCUAGUUCAACUAUUAAGCGUGCUUUUUCAACUGGAGCUCAUCGCAGUCUAGAGCAAGCAGCUAGACCUGUGAUGCAGUCUACGAAGGAAUUUGAUGAAUUCUUUGCUAAACAUGAAGCUGCUCAGCAAAAGGCGUUCAUUGAGAAAUAUGUUUUUUUGGCUUCAUUUUCAUAGUUAUGUGGCUUUUGCAUCUCAUAACAUCAACUAAUUUACUUUUCAUACGGGUUUACCAUUUCCAGGUACAACUUUGAUCCUAUGACAAAGACACCACUCCCUGGGCGUUACGAAUGGGAAAAAUUGACACCUUGAUGAACCAUCGUCACAUCAAGUUAUUCCAAGUGAAAAUGAGAGAGAUUAGACCAUUUUGGAUGCCUUUUAGCCAAUAAACAAGAGGAAAUGGCUUAGAGAUGGAAGUUACUUGGUUCACAAGAAAAUCGAAGAAAGUAUGAAGCACGAGAUUUGUACUAUGCCGGGGGCGUGAGAGCAUCAUGCGCGGCGCAAUAGCGGUGUGCUUUUGGUGAAUUUUCCCUGCUGACCACGCGCGGCGUGAUAGGAUACCACGCACGGCGCAAUUAUCUCUUAAGAAGAAUGGAAAUUAUCUGCCGGGGGCGUGAUUGGUCCACGUGCGGCGUAAUUGAGGAAAAAGGAAACACUGAAUUUAUCUGUGGGUCACGCGCGGCGUGGAUGGUUACCAUGUGUGGCGUAGUGUGUUGCAGAUGGACCACGCGCGGCGUGACAGAUCUGACGCGCGGCGUGGUCCUGAUUCUUAUAUAAGGAUUGUUCAUUUUCUAGGAAGAGGUUCAAACUUUUGGAGUAAGAUUUCAGUUACAGAGCUUGAGAGUAUUGCUGCAAGAUCCUUCAUUUCUGAAGAGAACAUUGAUCAGUAGUGAAGCUUUCUGACACCAUGGGGUAAUCUCAAUGGAGUUGGAGCUGCAGAUUGUUCAAUCAACCAUGAGGAACUAAAUCCCUCUUGAGGUUGGAUCUAGAUUAGGAGUUAAACUAUGUGAAUAUGAUGUAAUUUUCCAUGGAUGUAAUGAAUUUCUCUUGAUUAGUGUUAUACAAUGAAUUCUAUGCUUAAUGUUUUCCAACUUUUGAUCA